GGGCUCCCUUCCCCUUUAAGCCUCCACUCCCGUGAUGCUCUAUUCUGACAUCCACGUUUUUCGGAAAUGGCUGCUGUUGGCGGUUGGGGUAAAAGGAUCUGUAAAACCGGCUGGCUGCCCACCUUGCAGCUUAUUCGUCAUGGCUCCAAAUCUGUCACACGUCACUGGAAACCGAUGCACAUUAUGAGGGAAAAGCUGAUGGCAGUGACUGAGUACAUCCCACCAAAACCUCUGGAUUCAGAGACCUGUAUGAAACCCCGUGUCAUUCUUUCUACAGAAAUGACUGACUAUGAAAGACUGUUAUUGCGUCAAGUGAAACAAAUAUUUCUUGAGAGUAAAAUGAUUGUUGUGUGCCAAUACAAUUAUAUUCCUGGAAAUGAUAUGGUAUUAUUCAGGCAUCGGCUGCGAAAGUAUAAUAUCCAUGUCAAAUUUUUUCCUAAUAAGAUCAUGAUUCCCUUUCUUUCGGAAUCAAAGUACAAGAAUCUCCUCCCUCUUUUUGUGGAACGCAACCUUCUACUUGUCAGUAUGGAAACAAAGGCUCGGGAAGCACUUCAAGUCCUGAAGCGUGUGCCACAAAUUAAUAUGUUAGGAGCUUGCAUCGACAAUGUUAUCCUAAGCAAGCAAGGCUUUGUAAAUUAUUCUAAGCUGCCAUCUAUAAUAACUGCCCAAGGAGAAACUGCAGGUGUACUCUCACUCAUGACAUCCAACACUAGCAAACUUCUGCAGCGUGGCUCUGUUCAUCUCAGUUCAUUGCUGGAUCAAUAUGUUCAACAGGAAAAUGAAAAAGUUGAGGAAAAGCAGAUAGGAACAUCAGCUAAACUGGAAGCAAUUUAAUUCUUCAGCGUAAAAUUGUCAUGUUUACUUGUUGCAUGCCCAUGGGUUAGUGGGAUGGGUUAAUUAGUAUGAUUGAUAAAGUUCUGGCUAUCAGUUAAACCACCUGGAGGGAAAAAAUGCUGCAGAACUAGACUAUGAACAAAGAAUCUUAUUGACUGUGUGCUUAUAUGAUACUACAUAUUUGUAGAAUUUUACUAUAUGUAGAGGAAAUAUUAAAUAUGUUCAGGUGCAGUACACUGUUUAAAUAUGAAUAAAAUUUUAUUAAUAAUUUGCAUAAUUUUCUGCUUUAGGUUGGGCAAGAAACAAUCUUUAAUAGGAACUUAUGUUUUAAGAACUGAAUUAACAACAAAAUAAAAACAAAUUUCCAACAGAUCCAAGAUGAAAUCACAUUGAAAACAUGUAAAAUAGCAACAAAAUAUUUACUCUGGCACCAAGCAGCAUAUACUUUUUAUCAGUUUUUAAGAACCUAGGAUGAAUAAUAAAUUUAUUCUGUGAUGCCAACCAGCUGUUCUUGAAAGGACAGGUGUCUUUUCCACUUAUGGGCAACUAUUAAUAUGAUAAAUGAAUAAAAAUUACAACAGUUCUAAUGAGAAAUAGGUUGCUUUGUAUCACUUUCAUAGUUUAGUUAUCUGGACUGGGAUUCUAACUAACAUCUUGAAUAUAUAAGAAAGAACAUAGAAAAAAGAUACAUAAUUUUUGUUAUAUUACAAAAUGUAUUUGAAUAGAAAUUAUUCAUGGCUUUUCACCUUUUAAAUGUGCUUAUGUAUUUGAUCAAAUAAGUAUUAAAAUGCUCCAGAAAUGUGGAUUCACA